GUGUGAUGUGAAUGCCUGUUAAUUUUGUUUUUGUACAGUCAGGUAUUCGAGGUAUAUCGUUGAAUGAUUGCUAAGUGAUGAGUCAAUAAAGUACUAUAAAGAAUUAAUCGGUUUACCAUCUUCAUCUGCUGACAAGGAAGAGUUCAUGAACCAUUUCUGAUUCACCGGUCAUUAUUCUCCUCGAUUGAGCCGUUAGUUAAGAGAUGGCGUUUGUUUUAGUGGAUAAAGAAAGCUUCACUAAUCGCACAACGAAUAUAGACAAUUCGAUAUCUUGCUCGACCAAAAGUGUUGCUUAUCACAUUAUAUGUCAUCAGUCAAAAUUUUGUUGUGUACUUCAGGUUUCUCAACUCCAUUAUCAAGCUCUAAAUGAUGCAUCCUGGUCUAAAGAUGGUCAUUUAGUUGUAGUCUGUUCUACUGAUGGUUAUUGCUCUCUGAUUCAUUUUGCUCAUGGUGAACUUGGAGCAUUUUAUCGUGGUACAUUUGGUGCACCUAAUCCACAGCCUGUCGCAGUCGAAAAUAAUGUCAGUGAAUUAGAUAAGUGUUUGAGUAACGAUGUUGAAAUGCUUCCAUCCAAAACAGCAGCGGAUACAAAUAACGGCACUGUCAAGGAGGCAGACAAUUCUCCAAAAACUAAUCUUUCACCUACCUCGGUUCCUAACUCAAAUAAACCAACCACUGAGGCGAAAUUGUCAGAACCAUGCUCUACUAAUAAUCCCACUGUUGUUGAUAGUACCACUGCCGCAUCUAAACCAAAACGACGUGUACAGUUAACCACAUUGGUUUCUUUCGUUGAUGGGAAUAUUACUGGUAACAAUAGAACAGAUGACUCGCAUAAUUCAACAAAUUUAUCAGUUGAUCCUAAUGUUCACUCAACAAAACACAUAUCUCAAAAAAUUUGUGAAAAAGAUGUUAUAGAACUCACGGACGAUUCAACCUCCCAACCAAUGGUAUAGAGUUAUCAUGAUUUCCGGUUGCACUAUUUUUUUAAGAAUGUAGACUUUACAUGGCCGUAUUGCAUUAUUCACCGAUGUCUCAAUAGUUUAUUUCUGUUUCAGGACCCAUUUUUAUUCUAUUUUUCUAUGUAUUCAUUUAUGUAACAAGUUUUUCAAAAACGAAUAAAUCUCCUUCUCUGUCUUA